AUGGCCGAGCGCCCGGAGGAGACCCUCGUCGUGGUCGAGCACCGCUACGCCUGCUCCGAAUGCGGCCACCUCUCGCCUUCCUUGGAAGACGCCCUCUUGCAUCACCAACACCACCUCCUCAACCCCACGUCCCCCUUAACCCCAGCCCCACAACCGCCCCCUUUAACCCCCCCGGCCCCCCAACCCGAACAUCACUACGAGCUCUUGGGUCUAUCGGCUGAAUUCCAAAGCUUGGCUAUCCCGGAGAGCAGCCAAUACCAAUGCUUGGAAUGUGGACAACUCUUGGUUUCCCCUGGUCAACUCUUGGAACACCAAGAGAUGCACCUCAAACUUAUGGGUCACGAUGACGCCGUUGGCGUUGGCGCUACCAAAACCCUUCCGGCCCUCACCAACGCCAUCCAUUACGAGUGUGUGGAAUGCAAAGCUCUCUUCGAUGACCAAGACUUGUGGUUGAGCCAUCGGCAAAGCCACCACCGGAGCCAAACCCCCAUCCAAAACCAAGCUUUGGUCCAACGGGAGCAUUCCUAUCGCAAGCCCGGUGAGGAGGAGGAAGAGGAAGACGAUGCUGAAGCCGCCGCCGCGCGGCUCGAUACGCUCCAACUCCUCCUUUAUGAAUGUGGCCAAUGCUUCCAACUCUUCCAAAGCCCCAAAGACUUCUUGGAGCACCAAGCGACCCAUAACGACGACGCCGAUACCGCCCCGGAUCACACCUACGAGGUGAAGGAAGACCCCGACCCUCUUCCAGUUGAGCAUCCUUGCUCCGAGUGCCCGCGUCGCUUCGCCACGUGGCGCCGCCUCCAAUCCCACCUCCGUUGCCAUCGUUUGGGCGCCUUCCAUUGCCCUCUUUGUAGCAAGAUCCUCCCCGACCCCACCGCUUUGGAACAACACCUCCAAGGCGACCACGGUGGCGAAUCCCAUUUCCUUUGCCUCGACUGCGGCUUGGCCUUCGACACCGAAGCCGUCCUCUUGGCCCAUCGCCGCGCUCAUUGCGUCAACCCUCUCCACCGGUGCCCGUGCGGGAAGGCCUUCGUCAACAUGACCAAGUUCCUCUACCAUCGCCGUAGUCACCAUCACCAUCACCACCACGCCACCAACGGUGACCCCAACCCCAACGUUGUCAUCACGGCUCCCCCCCCGUCUCCUUCCUUCCCUUGCCCCACGUGCGCCAAGACCUUCGCCACGGCCCCCCAAUUGGCUCGCCACCAACGCUUCGUGCACCGCUUGGAACGCCGCCAUCCUUGCCCCGAUUGCGGGAAGCUCUUCAAGAAGAAAUCCCACGUCCGUAACCACCUCUUGACCCACACCGGCGAACGUCCCUUCCCUUGCCCUCAAUGCCCCAAAACCUUCAACUCUCAAGCCAACCUCCUCCGCCACCGCCUCGUCCACACCGGCGAGCGCCCCUACGAGUGCGAUGUGUGCCGUAAACGCUUCACCCAAUCCUCCACCCUUCGCCAACACCUCCUCGUCCACAGCCGCCGUUACCCCUACAAGUGCCCCGAAUGCGGCGUCCGUUUCCAUCGCCCCUACCGCCUCUUGAUGCACCGUUACCGUCACACCGGCGAGUACCCUUAUAAAUGCCAAGACUGCGGGAGCACCUUCUUGCUCCGACGUCUUUUGGAUGUCCAUCGUCUCUUCCACGCCGGCAAACAACCCUACGUGUGCGCCCAAUGCGGGGCCGCCUUCGUCAACGCCAUCCAACUCCGUCAACACCCUUGCGGGAAGGUCGAGUGCCCGGUUUGCGGUAAGAAAAUGGGGUCUCCGUCGAGGUUAAGGGCUCAUCAAAAGCUCCACGGGGUUCCCAAUGGGGUGGUGAUGACGACGGUGACGACGACGCCGGUACGGCGCCGACGCCGUCGCGGUGGUGGUGGUGGUGACGCCAAGAGUUUCGAGUGCGCCGAAUGCAAGAAACUCUUCAGCACGGAGACAUCGCUCCACGUCCAUCGGAGGAUUCACACUGGCGAGAGGCCUUAUCCGUGUCCGGAUUGCGGGAAGGCUUUCCGUCAAUCCACUCAUCUCAAGGAUCACCGACGUCUCCACACCGGUGAGAAACCUUUCCGGUGUCAAGAGUGUGGCAAAGCCUUCGCCAUCGCCGUCCGCUUGGCCGAACACCGGCGUAUCCAUACCGGCGAGCGGCCUUACCGCUGUCAGGUGUGUGCCAAGGCUUAUCGCUCCUUUUCCAACCUUUGGAAGCACCGCAAGGCUCAUGGGGAGAAG